AUGUAUGUCUAUGAAUUUUAAAGAAAAGCAAGAGAAUAUCUACUUGGGUAAAAAUUAUCUUUGAAAUCGAUAACUCAAAAAUAUAAUAAAGAAAAAUUAGAAUAACAAAAAGCUUUUAAGCAAAUGUCAUCCAUUCUUAAUUCUAAAACAGAGUCAUCUGUAAUAAUAACAGAUUCUUUAAUAACUGCCAAAAGAGAUUAAAAGAAAGAAAAGGCAUUUUUAAUCAGAAAAUCACCUGAUAGUUAUAAAAAUUAAAUAGAGAAAAAGAAAUAUAACUCAAUCUAUGCAAAAUAAAUAACACCUGCUAGAUAAAUGAGUAUAGCUGAAUAUGUUUAUCCUGAACCUAUCAGACACAUAAGGCAUAAAUAAAUAACUUAAACAUCUGCUUUCAAAAAUUUUGUUGCAUAAAAGUAUAUUAAAACUGAAGAAUCAAUCUAACAUAGUAUUACAGCAAGAACAAAAUAACCAUUUUAAAGAUAUGUUAGUGAAACAACUAAGCACCCUUAAAAAAAAACAAACUAAAAUUUAUAAGUAGAGCACAUAAGAAAGUUAAGUGGAUGGAGUAUUAAUAGCAAUGAAAGCAAAUUUUGA